CGCUAUCGCACGCUAUGAACCGCCCUGAGCUUAACUUUAGCUUCCCCGGUUUUAUCCAAUCUGUCAGAGGUUACCUAAGGUAAGGUACCUAUUCAAAAGUUACCUCUCUUCUACAACUUUUUAUUCCUUAUCCCUCAUCAUUUAUCACGUACCAUUUUGUUCACAGCCUCGUUUGUUAGCCAAGAAUGUAGAGACGCUGGCUUAGCCCCUGGCUUCCAAGUAGUAGCUGCUUUGAUAUCUUGGACCCAAAGCCCUUAGGUCAAUUCUGAUUCUGAGAUCAUUCAACAUGGCAUCUAUCACCAGUCCACACUCAUCCUCGUCCAUCUCUCGCCCUACAUCCCAACAUGGCGUUCCCGGUUCCAUCGGUUCGGUAUCCGUUGAAACCCUCGUACGGCAUCUUCUCGACGCCAAACGCUCGCUCAACUCCAUGGCCCUUGUGCUACGCGCUAAUGAACUCGUUCACUUGGCGAAAGAAGCUCAUGAAGAAUCCGUUGUUCUAGCUGCGCAGUCGGGAUUCAUUCGGCAGGGUAUAAAUGAACAGAUCCGACUACUACAGCAUCUACGACGGAGCAUGAAUCGAACAUACGACAACGGGAAUCGCGAAUUUAAGCAGAUAAUCAAAACCUUGGAUGCUGCCCACGGUCGACUUGAAGACACUAUAAAUUUACUGCGCGACAGGACCGUAGAUAGUACAUUUAGACCAGCUGGCGAGGGUAAAAAGAAUCUACUCGAUUUCAUAGAUGAGGCGCGGGUCGAAGGGAUAAACGAUGCUUUGAAGGAAAAUAUUCAGUCCUUACAGACUAUCCAAAAGUCGUUUGACGGUGAUCUGCUCCGUUUCGAUACCGACAUGCGAUUACUUAGUAAGACCCUCUCGGGCGCUCUACCUCCGUCCCCUUCGGCUUCGUCUUCCGAGCGGUUGCUGCCUCGGCUUUUCUCCUCGAUGAUCGAUAAUUCACACGCUAUGGCCGAGCUUCUUUCGUCACUGACGAAACAUUUCGACCUGUGCGUAACUGCAGUAAGGACGACGGAAGGUGGAGCAGCCCUGGCAAGGAUCAAAGCUGCCGAAACGGUAGACUCCCAAAGUGGUGUAAACGUAUCGAUAUCCGGUGUGAUUGCAGAGCAAGAGUCACAUAUGCCCGAGGAUGAUCCAAUAUCGCCCGAGGAACGUGCCCAGAUGCUCGAAGUUGUCAUGCAAGAUGCGUCGGAAGUCGACGACGUAGUUCGAGAACUCAAUAUACGUUUGCAGUCUAUGGAGGCCGAUUUUGCGACCAUCGACAGCCAGAGGAAUCGAGUUAAGACAGUCUAUCGCUCAACGAUCGACGCGUUUAGAGUGCUAGAAGACAUUGGAAUACGACUCCCCAGCUACAUUUCGGCCGAGGUGGAGUUUCGCGAUAGGUGGGAUGAAGAACAGUCAGCAAUCCGGGAGAAAUUACACGAGAUGGACGAGUUGCGCAUAUUCUACGAGAGCUAUUCCAACUCAUAUGACGGGCUGAUCCUCGAAGUCGAACGGCGCAGAGCGUUGCAAGAGAAGGUGCUAAGCAUAUGGAAGAAAGCGAAGGAAAGUGUCGAUAAGCUUUAUGAAACCGACCGCAAGGAGCGUGAAUUAUUCCGACAUGAAGUUGCGGAAUAUCUACCUACAGACCUCUGGCCGGGUAUGGAUGAUGCCUUGGUUAGAUGGGAGAUUAUGCCCGUCCGUGAUGGCAGAUCCACCAGGCAAUAUGAGGCUGGAAAUUCACCAGACCUUGAGGGAAGCGUGGUGGAAGCUGCAGAGAAAAGGUAUGGUCCGAAAUGAGGCCUGUAAUAUCUAGGCGUAGAAUAGGUGGAUUAGGGCAUGGGAGGCGUUCAGAUGGGUAUAUGAUCCGGCUUGAAUUUGAAUUUGGGAGGAUAUGAUGAUCAGGUUUGUGCUUGGAUGGCGUUCGGCGUGGGCUUAUCCCCUUUUAAAGAUUAUUAGGUUCACAAGGUUGUACGGAUAAUAGAAGGUAGC